GCCAACGCCUGUUUGCAAGGCUAUCACCUGUGAACCUCCUGUCAUGUCAAACGGAUAUGUAUCAGUCAUCAAAGCAGCCGUGUAUGGGUCAACUGUAACCUAUCAUUGUAACCAAGGCUUUGUUCUGGAUGGGAAAGGAAGCUCCAAGUGUAGUCAAAAUGGAACUGACAAUGUGUAUGGGAAAUGGACUGACCAAACGCCUGUGUGUAAAGCCAUCAGUUGCGACACACCAUUAUUACUGAAUGGACAAGUAAUAGCGGGUGGUCAAAGUACCCAUGGCACGACAGUGAUCUUUAGAUGCGACGAAGGCUUCAUUCUCGUAGGAAAGACAAAUUCUACGUGUGUUCAUGAAGAUCCAAACAGCGCCAAGGGAAAGUGGUCAGAGCCAACGCCUGUUUGCAAGACUAUUACCUGUGAACCUCCUGUCAUAUCAAACGGAUAUGUAUCAGUCAUCAAACCAGCCGUGUAUGGGUCAACUGUAACCUAUUAUUGUAACCAAGGCUUUGUUCUGGAUGGGAAAGGAAGCUCCAAGUGUAGUCAAAAUGGAACUGACAAUGUGUAUGGGAAAUGGACUGACCAGUUGCCUGUGUGUAAAGCCAUACGUUGCGACACACCUAUCUUACUGAAUGGACCAGUAGCAGCGAGUGAGCUAAGUACCCAUGGCACCACAGUGAGGUUUAGAUGCUAUGAAGGCUUCAUUCUCGAAGGAAAGACAAAUUCUACGUGUGUUCACGAAGAUCCAAACAGCGCGAAGGGAAAGUGGUCAGAGCCAGCGCCUGUUUGCAAAGAAAUUACCUGUGACCAACCCGUUCUACAGAAUGGUAAAGCAUCCACUGGUUCCCUACAAUAUAAUUCAACAGUAACAUACAGCUGCGAGGAUAACUAUUCUCUUACUGGGAAGGCAACGUCCACUUGCGUCCAGGAGGAUAAGACUAGCAUCAAGGGUGUGUGGGCAGAUCCAAUACCGAUUUGCACAGAAAUUGGAUUGGAGUCACCUUCGUCGACAUUGAAUUACGUUCACGGAGACGUGGGAGGACGCACAAGUACGCGUGAUGAAUCAGUAUCAGCAAUGAACAUCGGAAUUGGUAUUGGCUGCGCGACAGUGGUUCUCGUCUUGGUAAUCACUGGUAUUAUUUUGGCAAUUAAAAACAAAAGGCGAGAAAGCCCACCACAUGAAACACUCGAAGAAGAGCCCCCUGCCAAAUCCAAAGAAAAGGUCUUCCAGAAUCCACUUUACAAUAUAGAGGAAUGGAACGAAGGACAAAACGAAACAAGGGGCAGUUCUGAUGAGACGUUCCGCCUAGAUGUUGUUUGAGGAAAGUACACAAUAUCAAAUUAUUCAGGAGUUUUAUAGCUGUGUUUCAGUUGGUGAUGGUCGGUUAAUACGUCACGCAAGUUUUCGACGUUACAGGACUUGGUCACGGUGGCAAAAAUCCUCUGUACAUUUUUAGAGACAUAAUUAUUUUCUCGGUGGAGUUAAACCCGUUCUUCUGAAGACAUAGAAAUGAGAUUUUCACAGAUGAAUGAUAAAAAACAGAAUAACUGGCGAAAAAGUUUCUCAAUAUAGUGCAUUCUAGCAUUGAUAUUUUCUGGUAACGUAUACAUGGGGACGAAAAAUACAGACGAGGUACGUUGCCGAUGUUCACCACUGACUGACACUGAAGGUAUCGUGUGAAACAAAAUUGACCAAAUUUCAGAAAACGUCUUGAAUUAGGCAUGUUAGGAAGUCCAUGCAGGUGAUGAACUUAUUAAUAACAGAUUUGAUGGCUUUCACGCAUCUUCUUGAAAACACUAAUCAUUUUAACUUGAUGUUUUUCGGAAGGGGACUCAAGAUGUUUUUUUUAGAUUUGUACAUUUCAUGCUGAACACAACAUCCAAAUCUACCACUUACCACGUGCUUUUUUCACGACGACGACAACGACGACGACGACGACGACAACAACAACAACAACAACAACAACAACAACAACAACAACAUUGAUUGUCAUGUUAAUUGUUCAAAUUUCAAAAUAACAAUUAAUCAAUAUUUUUUUGAUUGUUCUUGCACCUUGGCCUUUUUAUAUAGUCACCCAAUUACUAUAAAUACAUUAAUUAGCUUUAUCAGAUAUUUCUAUCAUGAUAUUUUCUCUAUAUCUUUUGGCAAAUAACUUGACUGUAUUAUUGUUUUGGGCUUUUCAAGUUAUGAAAUGAGAAUGUGGACAGGCUUUGUUAUCAAGUGAAAAUA